CUCCCCGGUUGGCCAUGCCCUGCUCAAAAGAGACCCCCGCCAGCUCCCCCUGCAAGCGGACUCGACCUGCCAAGGAAGGCGACAUGCGGCUGCGCUUUGUGAGGCUCUCCGAGCACGCCACGACCCCGGCCCGGGGGUCGGCGCGCGCCACAGGCUACAACCUGUACAGUGCUUAUGAUUAUACAAUACCACCUAUGGAGAAAGCCCUUGUGAAGAUGGACAUUCAGAUAGCUCUUCCUUCUGGGUGCUGUGGAAGAGUAGCUCCACAUUCUGGCUUAGCUGCAAAACACUUCAUUGAUGUAGGAGCUGGUGUCAUAGAUGAAUAUUAUAGGGGAAAUGUUGGUGUUAUCUUGUUCAAUUUUGGCAAAGAGAAGUUUGAAGUGAAAAAGGGUGAUCGAAUUGCUCAGCUCAUUUGUGAACAGAUUUUUUAUGCAGAAAUUGAAGAAGUUCAAGUCUUGGAUGAUACUGAAAGGGGUUCAGGAGGUUUUGGUUCUACUGGAAAGAAUUAAAAUUUGGGCCAAGAAUAGAAAAUGAAAAGGCAUACUUUUUAUUAAAAAUAAUAGGUUUUGCGUCAAAUGUUUUUGGUGUUUUGCACCAUAGUAAACUUAAUAGUUUUAACUU